AUGAUAAAGUACAAUAUGAUUCCAAGGUCCAUAGUUGCUACUUUUAAAGACAAAAAUCCAGAAAAUCUCACGAGUGUUAUCCAAGUAUAUAAGGCUAGAGCUACAUAUAAUACGAUUGUUGAAUAUGUUUCAUUUGGAGUAGAUUUUUAUUGCACAUACAAAACAAAUAGGUACCGACUGCCACUACUUAAGAUUGUUUGUUUUACGUCAAUGAAGUUGAUGUUUUCGAUUGGCUUUGCCUAUUUGGAACAUGAAAGGGAUGAGAACUUCACAUGGGCACUAGAGAAGUUAAAAGAGUUCUUCUCUUCAGAGAAUUUGCUGCCAAAGGUUGUGGUGACGGACCGAGAACUUGUGUUGAUGAAUGUCAUGGAAAACAAUAUCAAGCAUUUGAAUAGAGAAAUUGAGUUUGUGAAACACUUGAAACACUUUGAGGUUGUUUGUGCUGAUAUUCCUUUAUUUGUUAAGUACAUGAGUGAAGCAUGGUUGACACCUUAUAAAGAAUGGUUUGUUGAUGCUUGGACUAAUAUAGUCACUCAUUUAAUAAAAACAACAACAAACAGGGUGGAGUAUGCUCGUUGUAGACUAAAAAAUAUAUUGACUACGAGCCGUGAAGAUUUAUGUCGAAGUUGGGAUGUUGUGAACACCAUGUUGAAAUUGCAGCUAGGUUCAAUCAAAGUGUCGUUUUAA